CACUCUUGCUGGCCGAUUGAAGGGCCCACCGGGGCUGCUUCGAGCUCCCAGAAGCAACACUUGAACACAAACAGUGACCGCAAAGCCACUGCGCACUCCCACCGGCCCCUGCCUUCCAAGAGCGGCCACUCCAAGCUCACAGCCCGCCGCCAUGGCUCACCAGCUCACUCGGGGCGCCGUGCAAAAGCUGGUGGCAGGCAUCACGGGAGAAGGGCCUAUGACGCUGCAGGUCUUGGGCCUCAAGCGCCUGCAGAAUGCGCAGGCACAGCAGGACCGCUUCCGCGCGCUGCUGAGCGACGGCGAGUACAGCCACUCGUGCAUGCUGGCCACGCAGCUGGCCGAGCUGAUCCACACCAAUACGCUCAAGGAGAACAGCAUUGUCACGCUGCACGACUACAUUUCCAACCAAGUGCAGAACAAAAAGGUGGUGAUUGUGCUCAACCUGGAGGUGGUGCAGUCGGACGCACAGAAGAUUGGCGACCCGCAGAUGUAUGACAAGGUGCAUGCCGGGGGCGGCGCCCCGCCCGCCCAGAACGGUGCGGGCCCGCCCCCACAGCAGUACGGCGGCCCGCCCCCGCAGCAGUACGGCGGUCCACCGCAGGCAUACAAUGCCGGAGGCGGCUUCGGCGGCCCUCCACCAGGCAACCAGCCGGGCAGUGCCUAUGGCGGCCCGCCUCCCAACCAAGUGGCCCGCAAUGAGGCCCCCUCCCACAUCAUGCCCAUCAACGCGCUCAACAGCUACCAAAACCGCUGGACCAUCAAGGCGCGCGUCACCAACAAGAGCGACAUCCGCAGGUACACCAACGCUCGCGGCGAGGGCAAGUUCUUCUCCUUUGACCUGCUGGAUGCACAGGGCGGCGAGAUCCGCGUCGUCUGCUGGAAUGACCAGUGCGACCGCUGGGAGCCUGUGAUUGAUCAGGGCAAAGUGUACCUCAUCUCCAAGGCCAGCCUGCGCAACAAGCGUGGCAACUUCAACCAGACGCGCCACCAGUACGAGAUCCACCUGGAGAACUCGUCGGUGGUGGAGGCGUGCAACGAGGAGGACGACAUCCCGCACAUCUACUUCAACUUCUGCAAGAUUGCCGCGGUGGAGGACACCCCUCCGGGCAACUCGCUGGAUGUCAUCGGCGUGGUGGAGAAUGUAAUGGAUUGGGUGACCAUCACGAAGCGCGAUGGCACUGACACGCAGAAGCGGUCGCUGACGAUCCGCGACGACAGCAACCGCAGCAUUGAGCUGACGCUGUGGGGCAAGUAUGCCAACGAGCCGGGCGACCACCUGCAGGCGGCCUUCCAGAACGGCGUGCACCCCAUUGUGGCGAUCAAGAGCGCCCGGGUGGGGGACUUCAACGGAAAGACGCUGUCCACGGUUGCCUCCAGUACCGUCAUGGUGGACCCGCUGGAUGUGCCCGAGGCGGUGCAGCUGCGGCAGUGGUAUGACUCAGGCGGCGCAACCAUGGUUGCAGAGGCGCUCAGCCGGCCCAGUGGCGGGCGCAACGACCGGCGCAUCACGCUGGCCCAGAUCAAGGAUGAGGGGCUGGGCCUGGGCGAGAAGCCAGACUGGGUGCUGGUGUCUGGUGCCAUCACCUUCCUGCGCAACGAAAACAUGUUUUACGCCGCCUGCCCCAACAAGCUGGCCGAGGGGCGGCAGUGCAACAAGAAGCUCCAAGACAACCAGGACGGCACCUGGUCCUGUGAGCGGUGCAACGGCAACUUUGAGCCUGAGUACCGAUACAUGCUCAACUUCCAGCUGUCUGACCACACGGGCGAGGCGUGGGUGACGGCCUUCCAGGAGCAGGGCCUGGACAUCAUGGGCAGGAGCGCGGCGGACCUCAAGGACAUGCAGCAGACCCUGGACGAGGGCGACUUCAGCUCGUACAUGCAGGACCUCAACUUCCGCCACUACCUGAUGAAGCUCAAGGUGACCAACGAGGUGUACAACGACGAGACCAAGCUGCGCACCAGCGCCGUCUCCGUCAUGGCCCCCAACUUCACGCAGGAGGGCAAGGCCCUGCUGGACAUGAUUGGCAAGAUGGAGCGCGGGGAGCCCGUGUUUGCGCCGCGCCCGCCGCCCCAGCAGCAGCAGCAGCAGUACGGAGGUGGCGGGUAUGGCGGCGGCGGGGCCUAUGGUGGCGGCGGCGGCGGCGGAUACGGCGGCCCGCCACCGCAGCAGCCCGGCUACGGCGGGUUCAAGCAGCAGACCCCACUGCGCCAGGGUGGCAACCAGAACCAGAACUUUGGUUACCAAAAUCAGCCAGCGCCGCAGCAGUAUGGAGGCGGCGGCGGCAUUGGGGGUGGCCAGGCAGACAGGUUCUGGUGAAGUCGAGGCUGACGUUGUGCUCGCCGGGUGUAUUUUCUCUCUGCUCGAUUGAACAGCCACUUUUACCAUGUGUGAAUGCAUGGGUUAGCUUGGGGUUUAUUGUGCAAAGAAAAGUGC